AUGGCAACAAAUUCAAAAGAUUGGGGAAGGGGUAAAGACAUGCAUAUUUAUCCCAUUAUCUUGCGUGUCUUUCUCUGAAAAUCACCUGAAUUUCCACUUCAUGAUAAAGAGAGACUUGAGAAAUGGUUGCGGAAUAUGAAACGAGAUGCGUGGACUCCAAGUAAGCACCAGCUUCUGUGCAGUGAUCAUUUCACCCCUGAUUCCCUUGAUGUGCGAUGGGGUAUACGAUACUUGAAGCAUACUGCUGUACCAACAAUUUUCUCUUCCCCAGAAGAUGAGGAAAAAGAUUCUUCUCAGAAAAGCCCACAGAUGAGAAAGAAAGAAGACUCAGAAGAAACGAAUAAAAAUGUAAUGUCAGAGAAAGCAUCUGUAGCACUUAAACCUUGUUCACCAAAGAAAAAUCCUGUACUUGCAGAAGAUGUAGGUGAAAAAGCAGAAGUAGCUUGCUCAACUGCAUUGAGUAAACCUUUACAAAUUCAAAAACUGCAAUUUCAAAAUGGAGAAGACUAUCAGGCAGACAGUGUCAUUCUUGAUAGUUCGUCUACACAGCGUGUGCAUCAACCUGAUCCUGUUUUAAUGGCAGCAGCAGUUCAGAGUAUGGAAGCUACCAGUGUUCAUACUUCUGUAAAGGAUCCAGCAGGUUGUACAGCUACAGUCUUGCAGUUUACAGACCCUGACUACUUGAAUUCAUCUCUGAAAAAUGCUUUAAGUUCAAUUUCUGACUAUGCAAUCGAAAAUCCUGACUCUCAUAUUGUAGGCUGCGCUGUUGAGGUACAGCCAACAAGUGAAAACACAGUUUUACUGAGUACAGUGACACAAACUAUUGAGCAGUUCAGUGGAAGUGAAGAGUCUGUCAUUGCUAUUAUUGUGCCAGCCGAGAGUUCAGAAGAGGCUGAAAUGGUAAGUAGUUCUUUUCUGCCUAUUGAGCCAGAGUUACUUGACACAGAAGAGACAGAAACAGAUAUACCUGUGUAUAUGGAUGCAUAUGGUGGAAAUGAAGUAUUACAAAAUGAGCAUUCGUACUGCAAACAAGACAUAGACAGAGAUCUCCUUUGGCAAAAAAUUUCAAAGCUCCACUCUAAGAUAACUCGACUUGAAAUGCAGGAGGUAGAAACUUUGAGAAGACUCAGGUCCUUGGAAGCUCUUAUUGGACAACUGAAGCAAGAAAACCUGCUUUCUGAAGAAAAGCUGGAGAUUGUAGAAAACUGCUUUACAACACUUGAAGUGACUGUGUUACAGUAAAGGCUUUCAAUGAUUGUUCU